CUUGAUUAAAUCAUUUGCAUGUUUUUGGGUUUCAUCAUGAAGAUAAGUCCCAUCAACACUCUCGUCUUUAUCUUUUUUGUAGUGAUUCUUUCUCCAAGCUUGUCUGAUGCCGAUACUACGGCUGUUUUCAUAAUCGGUGACUCAUUAUAUGACGUUGGAACAAAUACAUACUUACUAAAAUCGAUUGCAAAAGCCAAUUUCCCGUGGUAUGGUAUCGACUUUUUCAACUCGACUCCUAAUGGAAGGUUUUGCAAUGGUCAAAACCUAGCAGAUUUUACAACUAAAAUCGCAUUUGGAGAAUCCGUGACAAGUCCACCACCAUUUCAAGCAAUUCAUCGCGGCGGAAUCAAUUUCCAGGAAAGGCUCAUGGAAGCACUUGACAUCAACUCAACAAGACAUUGGGAGGGUCCCAUUAAAAAAUUUACUUUGGCAUCGACUAAAGCGAAGGAGAACCCUGGCAAAGGCGUAAACUUUGCAUCAUCAGGAUGUGGGAUUAUUGACGCCACCUCAGCAAUAGAUCAAGCUGUGUCGAUAACCCAACAACUCAAAGAAGUAAAGUUUGUUUAUGGAAAUCUAAGUUCGCAAUUGGGUGCUGAUAAGGCCAAGGAGUAUUUUGAAAAAGCAACGUUUGUUAUAUGUAUUGGCAACAAUGAUGUCAACUUUUUUGCCCUAUUUCGAUAUAAGUUGGAACCAGACCCAUACAUUGACAAACUUAUCCAAAGUUACAACAACACCCUAACGACUUUAUACAAGCUGGGAGCAAGGAAGUUCGGGAUCUUUGGUGUGCCAUAUGUUGGAUGCAGUCCCUUAAUGAGAGUCACUAUUAAGGGUGGAAACUGUUCAAAAACAGCAAAUGAUUUGGCACAACAAUUCAAUAUUAAACUCGAAGGACUUUUGGUACGAAUGCAGGAAAAUUCAGAGGACAUGCAUUUUUCGUAUGCAAAUUCAUAUAACCUACUUUAUGAUAUCUACAUGAACCCUGCUACGUAUAAAAUUAAGUAUGUAAAUACGGCGUGUUGUGGAUUGGGAAGGUUUAGAGCGAUGAGCAAUUGUAAUCCGAUCGCCAGGUUGUGUAAGGACAGAAAAGAGUAUCUUUUUUGGGAUGUGUCUCAUCCAUCACAAUACAUUGCUCAACUUAUGAUGGAAAAGUUUGCAUUUGGUGAAGCGAGAUAUGUAGGACCAAUAACUUGGUCCGAGUUGGUGAACAUAUAAUUAGAUAAUUAUAGCGAUUGAUCAUAUGAUCGUUUUUCAUCCUACCGAUUCAUACUUACUGUUAGAAUACAUACAAUAUUCAUGAC